UCCGGUGGCGGAUUGUUGACGCCUGCGGCUGCUGCGGUGGCCACCGGGCCGUUGGGGAGGGGCCAGUAGGGAAGGGAGACGGCGCAGUGACAGGGCCGCCGAGGGUGCAGCUGAGGCGGCCAUGGCGGAGGGGCCAGAGGAAGCCAGAGGCCGUCCUCCCGGGCAGGACGACGGCGGAGGGAACCAGGAGUCCGUUCCUUCCCUAAGAGGCCUUCCUGCCGCCGCCGCCCCACUGUCCCAGGACGGCCCGCAGGCCGAACCCCAGGCCCCGGGCCGGCCCCCAGCCUCGGGCCUCGCGGCCGCGGCUGAGGAAUCGGAGCCGCCGCGCGAGCUCGAGAAUCGCGGGGAGGCGGCCUCCGGCUCCGACUCUGGCUCCGGCGCGGGGCUGCAGGAGCCGGCAAGCUGUGAGGCGUCCGAGGCCGCGGCCCCGCCGGAGAAGCCGGCGCGGCUGAGCGCCCGCGAAUACUCCCGGCAGGUGCACGAGUGGCUGUGGCAGUCCUACUGCGGCUACCUCACCUGGCACAGCGGCCUGGCCGCCUUCCCCGCCUACUGCAGCCCCCAGCCGCCUGCGCCCAGCUACCUCCCGGCCGCCGGAGCCGCCGCCGCUCCCCCGGCAGCCGCCCCGCCGCCCCUCCAGCUGGGCUAUUACAACCCCUUCUACUUCCUAAGCGCCGCGGCAGCCGGGCCCGAGCCGGGGGCGCCCGCCGGCAUCACCACUCCGGCUCCGGUCGCCGGCCCGGCAGCCCGCGCCCCUCACCUGCAGCCGCCGGUCCGUGCAGCCGCGGCCGCGAGGGUGGGACCGGCCGCCGCUUCUCGAGCCCCGAGCGAGACGGGGCGGCAGGCAGGCAGAGAGUAUGUUAUUCCAUCCUUGGCCCACAGAUUUAUGGCAGAGAUGGUGGAUUUCUUUAUUCUCUUCUUUAUAAAAGCGACCAUUGUCUUAAGUAUUAUGCACCUGAGUGGAAUAAAGGAUAUCUCUAAGUUUGCUAUGCAUUACAUAAUAGAAGAAAUAGACGAAGACACAUCAAUGGAAGACUUGCAGAAAAUGAUGGUUGUGGCACUUAUAUACAGAUUAUUAGUUUGUUUCUAUGAGAUAAUUUGCAUUUGGGGAGCAGGUGGAGCUACCCCAGGGAAGUUCCUACUAGGACUUCGAGUUGUGACAUGUGAUACAUCAGUGCUUAUUGCACCAAGUCGGGUUUUAGUGAUUCCGUCCUCAAAUGUUAGCAUUACAACGUCCACUAUACGAGCUUUGAUCAAGAAUUUUUCUAUUGCUUCUUUUUUCCCUGCUUUCAUCACACUGCUGUUUUUUCAGCAUAAUCGAACAGCCUAUGACAUUGUAGCAGGAACCAUUGUAGUAAAAAGAAACGGAGUCAGAUGAUGCCCCAAAAAGCCAUGAAUUCCGUAUUCUCUGGAAUGACAAGACUAAAUUAUGUGUCAAGGCCAUCAGUGUCCCUGGGUUACAUUAAUUGAUUUAGAAAUUAAAGCAGUCGAUCCAGUGUGAUGCAAGUGACUAUGCUGAAAGUAUUGAUGUUACUUGAAUGCCAAAGAACUUUUCCAGAAGAAAAACCUGUUAAGUCCAAGUGUUAAAAUUUUUAUAUUGAACAGAAGGCAAGUGGUGUCGACAUCAACAACAGACAGUAUAUACUUAAGAUCUAAGGUAUUAGAAUUUGCUGAAUGCACUUUCAGGUUUGAAAUCUCCAAAUGAAACUUUAAAAAGUUAUUUUGGUUUAUCCCAAAAUGAUGGAAAACGUCCAGUUGUGUUUUGUAAACACAUUCAUCUUUUAGUUAACACGUCUUGAGGAAAUUUUCAUCUUUGAUUUCUGGGGGGAGGGAGUGGGGACACACUUCAUAAUCUACUUGGCUCCCAUCGCAGGAGGCGGUGAGUUAGCUCCAAGAGAAGGGGAAGGUUGAGGCCAGCCGGGCAGCUCCCUGGUCCGAAACGUUAAACCUGUACUGCGGUCUGCCGCAGGAGUGAGGGCUUCACAGCUGCCCUCAAUGCCACACAUGUCCUUCAGGACAAGUACUGCAUGAGGAGGAAGUGCUAGGUCACAUUGCGAUCUUAUUUUUUUAAGAAAAAGGUAAGUUAGUGACUGCUUUUAAUGGGGUGGGUGUGGGGGAGUAAAUUUUCACUGUAAAUUUAAAUUGAAAUUCAUGUGCAGAUGUUUUCCGUGCCCUAAAUCAAACUAUAAAUAUGUGAGGAAAAGUUAGUCCUACCAGACUGUGGCAUAUUUACUGUAAAACAAUAUUCCCAGUAUGUGCACAGCAUGAAGUAUUAGUGCUUUUCAGUGUUCUGAGUAUAACUUCUCUUUAUAUACAGAAUAUUCACAUACUAGUUUUAGUUUUAUUAUACUCCAUAACUUCUGAAACAUCAAGGAGUUCAAUAAUACUAGCAUUUCAUGAUUAAAUAAAUAGUAGUAGCCUAUGAAAUACUUAGCAAUUUUCCCAUUAGGGACUAUUCUCUAACAAGGAAGAGUAGCAUGUCCAUUGUCCUAAGUUCUUUGGUUCUGUGGGCCACCAGCUCAUUUGGAGUCUGUCAGGGAUGAUGUUUUGAGGGAGAUGUGUAAUACCGUGUGUUGCUAUUUUAUUCUUCUGUCGCUGAAUUGUGUGUGUGCGUGCUUUUGUUAGAUGGCCCAGUUAGCUGUGCUGAGAUAUAUCUGAACUAAAAGUUGUCUUUCUUAGGCAUUUUCUGCAUUUUCUCUAUUUUCCCCCCAAAACACUAAGCUGUACUGAACAGUUCAUAUCUCAGGUGCUUUUAGGAUCAAUCUAGGCUUUAUUUUGGUCAUAAUAAAUACAUUGCUAUAUUACUGUAUCAAUUUUUAAAGUGGGUCUUUUUGACAUUUAAAAUGUAUUUUCGGUUUGUUUAUAGAACCUUAACAAUGUCCUUAAUACUUUUGAUUGUAAAAUUUCAUAAACCAUGGAUUUAAUAUAAAAUUAUUUUGAAAAACAUCACAGAAAGCCUAUUAGUUAAAUGUGUUAUAAUACUAAAACAGAUCAUUCACUUGUUGUUUCUGGGAAGAUAAAGUGUUAUGGCCCUUCACAGUAAACAAACCAAAACCAUCCACUAACCUUUUUAGAGUAGAUUAUUAGGAAAUGUUACAUAAAUGGUUACAUACUUAACCAAUUAGUAGUGUAUACAUUAUUGGCAUAUACACACCUCUUUGCCCUGGAUUGGGAAUUUGAGUUGAAAUGUACUCUUACAUACUGUGGAAUUCAUCUUUAAUGUAUACUUUCCUCUCAGAUAAUUGGAUGGUUAACUACCUGGGCUAUUUUUACUUACACAGUAAAACAAAAGUAAAUACAUAGUCCAGUUUGAUUUAUACAUUAAAAUAUUGCACAUCUGCUAUACACAAGUGAUUCAGAUUAAUAUCUAUAAUAGAUGCAUUUAGAGCUAUCUCAGGAUUCAAGUUAAACUAUGUAGCCCUAUAAAAUAAACAUUAUUAUUCUGUCUGCCUUUACAUGAAAAUCCAAGUCUGAUUAUGAAUGCAGCACUUAGGGAGAUUUUGGAUUCCCAAAUUUGAGGGGAAAUAAAUGACAAAAUGGGGAAGGUUUUUUGGGGUGGAGCCCUCUGUUUUCAGUAUACUUAAUUAUAUUUGAUUUAUAGAAAUGCUGACUUUCUGUGUAGAGCCUCAUACUGAAGCUCUACAGCCUAAAAAGGCAAAAAGAAAGCUGUCUUCAUAGUAUAAAUACUAUUCAUCACUUUUACAAAAUAAUAAAGGAACAAAAAUUAGAAGUCAUGCUGAGAAUACUAUUUCAAUGAACAUACCAUACAUAAAACCACAGAACAGGCAGAUAAUUGAGGCAUCUAGAAAAUCUACCCAUUCCUAAAGCAGCCCGAGUGGCCCCAGGACCUUGAGACAGUCUGACACUCAGGCGCACGCUGGGCUGAGGCGGCGAGCAAGCUGUGCUUCUGAAUCUGUGACGCGAGAGCCAGUGCUUCCCGUGGUACUCGUGUGGCACUGGUCCAGAAGCUACUGCUUUCUACCUAAAUACUCACCUCAUUUCUCCCAAAUAUUUAGGAUUGAAAAAAAAAGCAUUUGACAGUUUUGUUUAAAUUUAUAAACGUCUUCAGUGUUUGUUUCAAAUGACAAUAAAAAUUGUUUCAACUCUUUUAGAUUUUUUUCCCUUAAGUAACUUGCUGGGUGUUUCAUGGAGGCAUAAAUAGUUCCAGCAAAACAAAGACAGGAGUUGAAAAAUUAAACUGCUUUUUGCUACUUGGGGAUAAAGGGCUUUUUGAUGGGAGCAUGGGUAUUAAAUAUUUUCCUUCUAUACUUAUCUCUAUGAAAACAGGCUGUUCUUCCUUUUAAAGAAUAUUCCUAAAUAAUGGCAUUAUUCCUAAAAUCUGGCAAGUAUUUCAAAUACUUGCCACUUCUCACCCCUCUAUGCCAAAGGCCAAAAUUUAUCAACAUGUACUUGCCUGGGUAAAAUUCAUCUCAAACUGUAGGCAUAUUUCCUUGCAGUUUCAUUUAUAGUAUGGUGUGACCCACAAACAGUAAUCUGAUGGCCUGCCUAAUAAAUAAAAAUUCAGCAUUCUAUUUUUAAUAAUUUAUAUGCCACCACUUUGUUAUUGUCUCAAUAAAUACCUGGUCAUCAA